CUUACUAUAUAAUAAGAAAAAAAUGAUCAUAGUACGAAUUGCUUUUCAAACGAUUUGUUCAUAAAACAGAUUAGAAUUUCAUAAGUUCAUGUUAUUCAAAAAGAAUAUCUAAUAUCUAAGUCUUUCACAUUCAAUUAUUUUCCAAUAAAGACUUGGAUGUAAUUGGCAGCUGAUUAAAUUUUAUUUCUUGUUUGUCUUUUCAAGGUGAAUGGAAUCAUCUAUGUGAAAUAUUGGGAAAAGCAACAAAGUUCAUGCGUAAACAACACCAGGCGUAAUUUAUAUGUUUUAUUGUUUUUUUUUCAUUUGAUGAUAAUAAACUUGUACAUAUCGAACUAAUGAUUUGAUCUCAGAUUCAGUGGUGGAGAUAAUAAUUUGAAAGUAUGAUAAACAUCUGUAUUGUAAAAUUUGAUCAUCGCGUGUGAGUGCGUGGAUUACAGGGCUCCGGAUGGGAUGGGAUGAGAUGAAAAAAUCAUCCCAUGGUAUAGUCGUCUAGUAAAAAAGACUAAGAUCUUGAAUAGCUUUUAAUAACUAUAUAUAAAUUUCAAUUUGUUAGGCUUCGCUGCAUUCAAUGGUCGACUUUUGUCCUUAGAAGAUUGCAAAAAGUAUGGAAUAAUCUAAACGUGAAACUCAACAAAAAACUACUUCUAUUUUCAUUACUUAAUAUAGCAAUCAAAAUAUUGUUUUGAUCCAUGAGAGAAUUUGUUUUUUGAAAAGAAGAUCAUAAUAGAUCGAAUCUUCGACGUUUUCAGUUUUUUAAAAAUGGUUAUCAUCAGCAUAAUAUAUACGUCUGAUAAUGCAUAGUGUCAGUCCGUAUUUUAAAUAUAUCGUCUCUAUAAACACAUGUUUAAAAAAAACAUAAUUACAUAUUCUGAAAGCCCUUGAAGUUUUCUAUCACCCUGUAUACUUAUGUUUUAGUUUUCGCUUAUAUACGAGAAAAUAAAAAGAUUACAAUGAAGACAGCCUCAUCAUCAAGUUGCCAAGAACUGAAUUUUGUCACUGUCGUCUAAAUUACUUUUUAAAAUUUUUUAUUACUAGAAAAAUAUCUUUUUAAAACAGCAAUUAUAUAUAUAUUCUAAUAGAGCUGGAUAUUCUCUAUCAUCUCAUGUAUUUAUCUAUUGCAUUGUACUGAUCUCUUGCAAACUAAUUUGAAUACAAUGAAUAAACUUGGAAUUGACAAGUAUAAAAAAAUAUGCAUUUUCUUGUUACUUUUGUAGUUUUCUUUUUGACAUAAUUAUUCCUAUAGGAAAAUUUAUUAAAAAAAUAAUUAUAGAUUUUUGUAGAGUUUGAAAUUCUCUAUUAUUUUAUAUAUUUUUGUCUUAUCUUGCAUUUAUGUGUUGCAGCAUAUAAAUGCAACGCAAGACAAAUAUAUAUAGGAUGAUAGAGAAUUUCAAGCUCUAUUGGAAUAUAUAAUUGCUUUUUUUAAAAAGGUAAUUCUAUAGUGAUAAAAACUUUAAGCAACUAAUAUUGAUGACAGUCACAAAAUCAAGUCUGUGGAAAUCUGGGCAUGAGGAUAUCAUCAUCGCACUCUUUUUAUUUUCUUGUAAAUAAGAGAAAAUUAAAAGAAGAAAAAUUGUAUAGAAUGAGAACGUAUUCAUGUGAUAUAUAACUUAAUAUCUUUCAAUUCUUCAUGUCUAUUGAAAAUACGUGCAUAUGUGGAACUAAUAUUCAAAAAUGUUUUUAUGUACACUGUAUAAUUCCGUCUUGACUGAUAGAAAUCUCUACUUUUAUUAAAUAAUGAUUUCCUUUUUUUUCUUCAGUCACUUCUCACCUUUAGUUCAUAACUAUUAGAAAUGGCUAAUGGAGGAAAUAAAUAAAUUCCAAUCAGUUUCUUUACGUCUAUUGAUAUUAAUAAAAAAAUUUAAUGAAAAACAAAAUCAAAAAAUGAUAUGAAUAUGUAUCUGAAUAUUUUUUUGCAACAGAUUGUUACGAAUAUGGAUAAUUCAAUUCUAAAAAAAGAAAUAAUUCAAAAUAAGAUUAAACGAUAAACUUAUCUCAAGGUCAUAAUUUGUAUCUAAAGAACAAGAAGAAAAGCAGAGAAGCCAUUACUAUUGCCAUUGAUCUACUAUUUGCUGUAGAUAAAAUAAGUUCGAAAUAAAUUUAUUUUAUCAUGAUAAUAAUCAAUUAGCGAUGUCCAUGAGAUAAAUGAAUUUAGAAAUAACUAAAAAUAGGUUGUUAAUAAAUAUUUCUAUUUUUAUUUUUAUUACAAUAUUUAUUACGCGAUCUAUUACUUUCUAUUAACGUUUACCAUAGGAGAUAUUGCACAUAAGUCACAACCAGGAAUAAACUGAAAAUUUCAGCUCAAACGGAUGGGUGUGGGUGUGAAUGUCGAAGUGAGAAACAUCCCAUGCCCAGACCCAUACCUUUCAAUCAUUAGAAGAUUUUGUUCGAAAAGUAUUUGUUUUAUUAAACUUCUUCUUUCAUAUUUAUUUUUACUAUUCAGGGAUUUAGAUGUACGUAAAGUAAUAUUAUCUCAAGAUCAUGAAUUUUAUGGUGUUGAGAUGCGUGCUGAACCAAAUUAUUUAACAUUAGGCAAACAAAGCUGGUAG